GACAAUUCAAGUUUACAGAUGUUUAAUGUCCAUAUAUUUGACUGUACUGAAAUGUGAAGUCUGUUUUCUCAUUUUCUGUAAGACUAUAGGCCUGACUACUUUAGUGUUGGUCACGUCCACAAACCUAAGUAAGUUUUUUGUUUUAAUGAUGACUUACAACAUAUAUUCCAUAUAUUCUAGACAUGACUACAUAAGUCUAAGGUCCGCCAGUUUCCUGAAGAGCUAUAUGGCUACUAAUGAGCCUGUCUUGGAUUACGCCCCUGGUAGUGGGGAGAGAAUGGCGCUGGAGGACGCCUUGAGGUCCUACGAGGGAAAAAUGACAGAGGUUCCUGUGAUUGUUGGAGAUGAUCAGCAUUUCACAGAUGAGUUUCGUUAUCAGCUUUGUCCAGCUGAUCACCAACGACAGGUGGCAAAGUACCAUUUUGCAACCAAAGAGCUGAUCCAGAAAGCCAUAGACGUGAGUCAGAAAGUACGACCUGCCUGGGAGAAGAAACCACUGGAGGAGAGGGCGGAGAUAUUUCUAAAAACGGCAGAUCUCAUGAGCACCAAGUACAGGGCUGACAUGAAUGCUACUUCCAUGAUUGGCCAGGGUAAGACAAUUAUCCAAGCUGAAAUAGAUUCUGCCUGUGAAUUGAUUGAUUUUCUUAGGUUCAAUGUUCAGUUUGCCAUGGAUAUGGCCAAGUACCAACCAGUAUGCACACCAACAGAUACAAAUUACCUGAGCUUCCGAGGAUGUGAGGGAUUUUGGGCAGCCAUUACACCUUUCAACUUCACGGCCAUUGGUGGUCACUUGCCAAGUGCUCCAGCAUUCAUGGGUAACACGGUGCUAUGGAAACCAGCUGGCACGGCCGUUUUAUCAAACUACACGUUCUACAAAAUAUUACGAGAGGCAGGUCUGCCCCCUGGUGUCAUAAAUUUCCUUCCGUCCUCGGGUCCUGUAUUCGGAGAAACAAUUACCUCGUCACCACAUCUUGCUGGCAUCAAUUUUACUGGAAGUGUUGAGACCUAUCAAAGGGUGACUGCCAUGGUCACAAAGAAUCUCCAUCUCUACAGAACUUUCCCAAGGUUAAUAGGGGAAUGUGGAGGUAAGAACUUUCACCUAGUCCAUCCCAGCGCAGACGUUACACAGGUCGUAUAUCACACAAUAAGGGCAGCGUUUGAAUACAGUGGUCAGAAAUGUUCCGCCUGCUCGCGUCUCUAUGUUCCCCACUCCUUGUGGCCACAGAUUAAGGACAUGUUUGUAGAGGAGUACAAGAAGAUAAAACUGGGUUCUCCACUGGAAUUUGAUUCCUUCUUAAGUGCUGUGAUUGAUAAAGCUUCAUUUCAGAAUAUUAAGAGUUACCUAGACUAUGCAAAAGAAAACCCUAACCUGAAUAUUGUGGUGGGAGGAGUGUGUGACGACAGCAAGGGAUGGUUUGUUGAGCCAACAAUAAUUGAAACUUCAGAUCCCAAGGACAAACUAAUGCAGGAGGUAUGUUGUCUACUAAUGCUUCUUCACUGA